AUGCUCAAGACCGCACGUCAACCCGAGUCUGUGUCAAUUAUGGAAACUAGUCUUUACUCGCUGAUCAAGAGCGAAUUAUUUAUGGGAGAUCUUGACCCCACAUUUAUUCCUGUUAAUCUUAGACGUCCAAAGAGACCCUUCCAUAAUCUCUGUGGUGCCAUCGAUCCACCUUCGACAUCCCCUUUUCGUUCAUACAAGAGAGAGCGUGAUAGCCAGCUUGUUGAACACCGCCUCGAUUCAAGUCUUGUGGAAUCAAGCCUUGUCUUACCAUCCUCAUCCACUGAUCUAAAGGAGAGAGCGUUAAAGCCAGCCUCUAGAUCCCAUCUUCCCAUCACGAUCCAACAGAUCUAA